UCCUCGUCGGAUUCCCGCCUGAGAGCCUGGAUCUGAGCAACGCGGAUACCAUUUUGGAGGACUUGCCCAUCCAAUCAGGCCCAGCUUGGGACAUUCUUCGCUUCCCUUCGCUUCCCCUCUGGGAGCCCCUUUCGCCACCCCUGCACCUUGCCUCGGGCGAUGCUCGAGAGGGAGCUGUGGCCAGCGGGGCCUGGCUCGGAACCCGUGACCCGCAUCGGCAGCUGUGACAGCAUGAUGAGCGCCACCUCCACCCGCUCUGGAUCUAGUGACAGCAGCUACGACUUCCUGUCUGCUGAAGAGAAGGAGUGUCUGCUCUUCCUGGAGGAGACCAUUGGCUCAUUGGACACUGAGGCUGACAGCGGACUGUCCACUGAUGAGUCUGAGCCAGCCACAACCCCUCGAGGUUCCCUAGUGCUGCCCCUAACCCAGCCUGCUCUCCAGGGAAGUCCAGAGGAGACAACUGUUCAGCAAGGAUCAGAACCAAGGAGAGUGACUCAGUCUCGCUCAUCCCAUCCUCCUGAGCCCCAAGGCUUGGGCCUCAGGUCUGGCUCCUACAGCCUCCCCCGAAAUAUCCACAUUGGAAUAAACCAGAACCUCAAGAAAAGCACCACCCAAACUAACAGCCACAUCUCUGAAGACUCUGUGGGGCUUGGACCAGAGCCUGUGAGAGAGCAGGUCAGCCAGAGCAGUGAGCCCAGCCAGGUACCAGCCAGCCACCAGGAGGCUGCCCUUGAUUUGGACGUGGAGCUCAUCCCCCCACCAGAGGCUUUCCAGGACACUCAGCCAGCGCAGUGUGGGGAAGACAGCCUGCCUUUGGGGCCAGGACAGCAGAGCUACCCACCCCAGCUCCACACGCCUUUUAGUGUCCAGAAGAGAGAGGAGACUUCUUCAGAGACCAUGUCCCAAAAAGCCAAUGAGAAAGGCUCAAUAGGGGGCCCAAGACAAUCACAGUCUCCUCCUGCUGUGUCCUGUCAGAAUGCUAGACCUGAAGACACUCCCCUCCCCUCAAGGGGAGAUCCAGAUGCCCGACUGGCAUCCCUCACAACCCCCAAGCUCCGGAAGCUGCCACCUAAUAUUGUUCUGAAGAGCAGCCGAAGCAGUUUCCAUGGCGAUCCCCAGAACUGGCUGUCUCGCCAUGCUGAGGCUGCCCCUGGAGAUUCCGGCCUGGUCUCUUCACUGCAGGAGCAAAGGAAAGCACGCAGAGAAGCACUGGAGAAGCUGGGGCUACCCCAGGACCAAGAGGAGCCCAGCGUCCUCUUAAAUAAGCACACCAGCUCCAUCAGGCUCAAGGAGACUCGAGCUCAGGCCCCUUCCCUGGCUCUGGCUCAGCCUGCAGUUCCAGCUCAGGUCUCAGCGGCUGUUCCUGCUACAGGGAAAGCUCCAGCUCCAGCUCCAGCUCCAGCUCCUGCUCCUGCUCCUGCUCCAACUCAGGGACCUUUGCCAAUGAAAUCUCCAGCUCUGGCUGUAGCUCAGGAGUCUCCUCCAGGCAAGGUUUUGAUUCCUGCCCAGGAAUCCUCUCCAGGGAAGUUCGUCCCUGCCAAAUCCAUGCCAAUUCCUGUCCCUAAGACCCCAAGGGUAAAUAGUCCACUGACUCCGCCUAAGCCAGAUUCUGGGCUGGCUCUCCAGGAGAGCAAUGUCCCUGGCCUGAGACAAAUGAACUUCAAGUCCAACACUCUGGAGCGUUCAGGUGUGGGGCUGAGCAGCUACCUCUCAGCUGAGAAAGACCCCAGCCCCCAAAUCAGCACUUCUCUGGGAAAAGGCUCCCUCUUGGACAAAAUUUCACCCAGCGUCUUGCGUAACUCCCGGCCCCGACCUGCCUCUUUGGGCACAGGGAAGGACUUUGCAGGUAUCCAGGUGGGCAAGUUGGCUGACCUGGAGCAGGGGCAGAGUUCUAAGCGCCUGUCCUUCCAAGGACAGAGCCGUGACAAACUUCCUCGACCCCCCUGUGUCAGUGUCAAGAUCUCCCCAAAGGGAGUCCCUGAUGAACACAGAAGGGAGGCUCUGAAGAAGCUGGGACUGUUAAAGGAGUAG